AUGUCUUCCUAUCAGCUUUGGCGAGCUAAAAAGAUAAUUAACUUACUCAAGGAAAACAAUGCAGAAAAUAAAUGUCAAAAUUUAUCACCUGAGAAAUCUCCUAACAAUGAAAUAUUAUUAUCAGAUGUUGAAAAUAUAGAAUUUGAAUAUCUUAAUAUUGACUUAUCUGACACACUGGAAUUACCUACCUUACCUGAAAAUUGUCAAAUUGUACCUAUAACUAAAGCAACAGAGGAACCCAUUGUUAUUGAAAUGACUGAACCUAACUUACUUGAGACUAUUAACUAUAGUAGCAUUACCCCGUCCACAUCUGUUACUAGCCAUAAUAAUGUAGACAAAGAAAUCAAUAAUGACAGAGUUUUGAUUUCUCCGAACCUGUCAUUUGCUGAGAGUAACGUUCACGGCGUUCAAGAUUUAAGUAAUGAAAUAGGCAGUCAAAAUAUGGAUUUACAUGAAACCUAUGUUCAAGAUGGUGCGAAUAAUAUAGAAGAUGGAAGCGACCACGAAGGCUUAGUUCCUUAUGAUAUUCAUUCUGACUCUAUGUCUGAUAGCGAUUAUCCAGAUAAAAGUAAAAAAAGAAAGAAAAGAGCACAAAUACAAAUGUCUAAUUGGUUUGCAGAAAAAAAUAGAAAGUUAAGAGAAUCUGGAAAAAAAUAUUAUGGCAGAAAAAGGAAGAAACAUGGAAUUACGAAAUUCCGAAAGAACCACGAAUAA